AUGCAUUUAGCCACCACAAUCAUACAGACAAUGGCGGUCGAUAUCAAUUUUUUCAACAUCAGCAACACAUGCAUCGUAAUCAACUCCAAAACGAUAACCACUGCAACCACAGCUACCAAGAACAGUCAAAUCAAGUUCAUGCACACAUGUCUUCCUCUAACAAGGUCAAUAUCUCGUCAGAGCACUCUCCUUCUCGAGCAAAGACAGGCAGUCAUUAUGGUGAUGGCGAUGGUAGUGACGAACAUUCUAGUCAACCACAUAAGAUCCAAAAUCAUUAUUAUUCACAACAAUCUGGUCAUCAGUAUCAGCACUUUCCCACCCUUUCGUCACCCUAUUCUCGUCAGUACAGUAACAGUAGAAAUAAGCUUGAAGCGAAUCGCGAUAGCAUCCAGGUUACGUCCACGUUCCGCCGAUCACAAACAAGUGUCAAAAAACGGUUUCAAAGGGAUAGGCUGUCCAAAGGUGAUCGAGAAGAGGUCUGGCCACCAGAUGUUGAAAAAGCUUUUAUGAAAG